CCGGAGACCUAGCCCAGCGCUGGAGGCGGCCGGACCUGGCCAGACAGAUUUCCUGCUCUUUUGGAGGACUGAGGGCUGCGGGGCUGCGGGCUGUGGGCUGCGGGCUCCGAGAGAACUCGCCGGCGACGUGGGGACCUCGGUGCCCCCGUGCGUCCUCACGACCCUCCCUCGCGCCGGCGGGGACAGCGGGCGCCCCGGAGCCGAGCUUGGCGGGCAGGCGCCCGGGAGAUGCGGAGUCGCCGCGGCGGCGCGAUCGGCGCGACAGCACCGGUCCCUGGGAGACUAUAGCCAUCAUUUUCCCUUGGUGUGCCAUGGAGCCCUUCUGUCCACUCCUAUUGGCAAGUUUUAGCUUGUCACUCGCCAGAGCUGGUAAAGGCAACGACACCACCCCAGCAGAGAGCAAUUGGACCAGCACAACCGCAGGCCCUCCGGACCCCAGUACCUCCCAGCCGCUGCUCACCUGGCUGUUGCUGCCUCUGCUCCUCCUCCUGCUCCUCCUGGCAGCCUACUACUUCAGGUUCAGGAAGCAGAGGAAAGCCGUGGUCAGCAGCAACGACAAGAAGAUGCCCAACGGGAUCCUAGAAGAGCAAGAGCAGCAGCGAGUGAUGCUGCUGAGCAGGUCCCCGUCAGGUCCCAAGAAGUACUUCCCCAUCCCAGUGGAGCAACUGGAGGAGGAGAUCCGUGUGAGAUCAGCAGAUGACUGCAAACGCUUCCGCGAGGAGUUCAAUUCAUUGCCGUCUGGACAUGUACAAGGAACCUUCGAUCUAGCAAAUAAAGAAGAAAACAGAGAAAAAAACAGAUAUCCCAACAUUCUGCCCAAUGAUCAUUCCAGAGUGAUUUUGAGCCAAGUGGACGGGAUCCCCUGCUCUGACUACAUUAACGCUUCCUACAUAGAUGGUUACAAAGAAAAGAACAAAUUCAUAGCUGCUCAAGGCCCUAAACAGGAGACAGUGAAUGACUUCUGGAGGAUGGUCUGGGAGCAGAAGUCAGCCACCAUUGUCAUGCUGACCAAUCUGAAGGAAAGGAAGGAGGAGAAGUGUUACCAGUACUGGCCGGACCAGGGCUGCUGGACCUAUGGGAACAUCCGGGUGUGUGUGGAGGACUGCGUGGUUCUGGUGGACUACACCGUCCGCAAGUUCUGCAUCCAUCCGCAACUCCCGGACAGCUGCAAAGCCCCACGCCUGGUCUCCCAGCUACACUUCACCAGCUGGCCUGACUUUGGGGUACCCUUCACCCCCAUCGGAAUGCUGAAGUUCCUCAAGAAAGUGAAGACGCUCAACCCCUCACAUGCUGGGCCCAUUGUGGUCCACUGCAGCGCGGGCGUGGGCCGGACAGGCACUUUCAUUGUGAUCGACGCCAUGAUGGACAUGAUACACUCAGAACAGAAGGUGGAUGUCUUUGAGUUUGUGUCUAGAAUCCGCAAUCAGCGCCCUCAGAUGGUCCAGACGGAUGUACAGUACACAUUCAUCUACCAAGCCUUACUGGAGUACUACCUCUAUGGGGACACAGAGCUGGAUGUGUCCUCCCUGGAGAGACACCUGCAGACGCUACACAGCACAGCCACCCAUUUUGACAAGAUCGGGCUGGAGGAAGAGUUCAGGAAACUGACCAACGUGCGAAUCAUGAAGGAGAAUAUGAGGACUGGCAACCUGCCUGCCAACAUGAAGAAGGCCCGCGUCAUCCAGAUCAUUCCAUAUGACUUCAAUCGGGUAAUCCUCUCCAUGAAAAGAGGGCAAGAAUACACAGACUAUAUCAACGCAUCCUUCAUUGAUGGCUACAGGCAGAAGGACUACUUCAUGGCCACACAGGGGCCUCUGGCUCACACAGUUGAGGACUUCUGGAGGAUGGUGUGGGAGUGGAAAUCACACACGAUCGUCAUGCUGACCGAGGUGCAGGAGCGGGAGCAGGAUAAAUGCUACCAGUAUUGGCCAACAGAGGGCUCGGUGACUCAUGGAGAUAUAACUAUAGAAAUAAAGAGCGACACCCUGUCUGAAGCCAUCAGCAUACGAGACUUCCUGGUUACCUUUAAACAGCCCCUGGCCCGCCAGGAAGAGCAGAUCCGCAUGGUAAGACAAUUCCAUUUCCACGGCUGGCCUGAGGUUGGAAUCCCAGCUGAGGGCAAAGGCAUGAUCGACCUCAUCGCAGCCGUGCAGAAGCAGCAGCAGCAGACAGGCAACCACCCGAUCACGGUGCACUGCAGUGCGGGAGCAGGGCGGACAGGCACAUUCAUAGCACUCAGCAACAUUUUGGAACGAGUGAAAGCCGAGGGACUCCUAGAUGUCUUUCAAGCUGUGAAGAGCUUAAGACUUCAGAGACCACACAUGGUGCAAACCCUGGAGCAAUAUGAAUUCUGCUACAAAGUGGUACAAGACUUUAUCGAUAUCUUUUCUGAUUAUGCUAAUUUCAAAUGAAGAUUCCUGCCUUAAAAUAGUUUUUAAUUUAAUGGUCAGUAUAUUUUGUAAAAAAAAAUAAUAAUAAUGUUAAUUUAUUUCCUAGUGGACAUUAAUAUCCUUCCUAAUUCCUUUGUAUAUAUUUUGUUAUGUUCUAAAGGCUACCUGCUGUAAGGUUAUUAAAUCUUAAAUGCCCUUUUUAAAAGUUGGAAUAAUGUGUUAAGGUCAAAUACUAUCCAGGAAGAUAUAUAUUUCUGCUAAUAUCAGUCAGUAUCUUAAUUCUGUUAGAUUCACAUCAUGUGAUGUCACGUCAUGCAUCUGUAAAUGUAGCUCUUAAUAUGUCAAAUGUGUCUGUGAAAGACGCUAACCAUGAAGCCCCUUGUGGAGAAAACAGUUGAGGACUCAGAGUCAGGACACAUUUACUCUUUCUAGCAGCUGUCAUGCCCACCCAGGGCAUCAGGGUGCGGCAAACAGUAUACACAGGGGCUUCGGUCAAGUCCUGGGUCUCAGCCCUGUGGUUCACCUUUACAUUUGAAAGAUCAGAAAAGGAGCCAGGCAUGGCAGUGCAUACCUGUGUUUCUAGCACUUUAGGGGCUGAAGCAUGAGGACUGCCUUCAGGUUCAGUCCAGCGUGGGCUACAGUAAGACUGUCUCAAAAAAUACGUUAAAAAAAAAAAAUUAGAGAUCUCGCAACCUGAAUCUAGGUCUCAGACCCACAAGGGCAGAUGGUGACUUUCCAGGGAAUUUUUAAAGGCAUUGAUUUGUGAAAGGCUGUGCCCCUGCCACUGCAGACUUGAUGAAAAGAGGUGCUGGUCCCAGGUCAUCUAUUCUCACAGGCCUCCAGUAUCCCCCACUAGCCAUCAGAGCUGUUCCUGGGGAACCACUUACUGUCCGUCUGCCUGUGUGCCUGGUUCAGAAUCCAGCCAACUCAAUCCAAUGGCCCUCCCACUGGCCCAGCUGCCUGUACUGAUCUUAGUUGAGUCUACAGGCUCAAUGCAAAACUACUUCCUUCCCUUCCUCAUUGAAACGAAACGUCUGACACACACACACACACACACACACACACACACACACACACACACACACACACACGUAGAAACAGUAGGAUGACCACAAAGCUAUUGCACUGUAAUCCUUCUGACAGGCAUUUUGGUAUAUCAGAUUUUCUUUGUAAAAAGUUAAGAUGGUUUGUAAGCAAAGAAAUCUUAAAAUCUAGAUUUGUACAGUUUUUUAAACAUCCCACUACUUGGUGUUUAAAAGAAAAAAAUGAGAGUGAGAAAAAGCCUAAUUUGAAGUCUAACUUACCUUUGAGUGGAAAUGCUGCUGAAGCCUCUGAACCCAGGAGGCAGUGACUGUCACACUGCCAGAGAGGAGUACGUUAGGGGAAGGAUGGCAUGGGGAGAGGGUGAAUGUAGUAACACUGACUUCAAUAUGAUCUUCCUAUGGCAUUUAGGUACCUAGCAAAUGAGCACAAAGUUUAAAAAAAGAAAAAAAAAAGACAUCUGGUCUAGCUCACUGAAGGCUUUGAACAUACAGUUUGGGUAUUUUUUAAAGAGAUAUGAAAAUAUAAAGGCCUUAUUUGCCAUCUCCAUGGAGGACUGAUCAUGUCCGCCUAUUGCACUGUGUGUCCUUGUUUGUUUAUAGUGUGUCUGGGGACAACCCCAGGGUCGGUCACUGCCUCCUACAGGUGAACAAGUCACCAAGCUUCUCUCACAUCUUACAGCCCUGAGUUCCAUCCAGAGGCACAAGAUGGUGCCCAGCAUGCAGGGUGAAAGAAGACAGUGGCUUCUGUCUUCACCACGGACUGCACCCAGGGCUGGCUCUCUGCGCUGAGCGGGACCUCCCCUUCUCUAAGCAGGAGUGGAGCACAGGCAGAAGACGCAAGAGCGAGGAGCUUUCCUUGGCCAGUGGUUUCAUUUGUCACCAUGUUAAACCUCAAGCCCAAUCCCUUUCUUUGACUGAAGCAGGACAAAGGGAAGCUUCCACUCUGCACCCCAAGCCCACCGGGAUGAAGGUGACCUCACACUGGCCCCACACCAAAGUUCAGCCAUGCGCCUUGGCACUCCAGCUUAGUUGCUCCGAAUCCCAGGCAUCUCUUGUAUCAAGAAAUGCCUUUAGGGUACACCUUUUCAGGACGUCUAGAAAAAUAUUCUAUUUGUGUGUUUUUCCUCACCUUGGGGCUGCCCAAGGUUCCCCUGCAGGAGCUCCACUUGUUUCUAAACAGAAGCUGCCCUCCUGUGGGCACAUUUGGGGCAGCACUUGUCUUUCUUUGGAAGGGCCAAUCCCUCCAGUCUCUUGGCUAAUGCCACAGCCAAAUUCAGCUUCCCUAAGACACACAGAGCCUUGGUAUACAAGGGGCAUCCCAAGUCAAGUCUCAGCAUUUUCUGUGUACCUGGCAUGUCCUUCUUUCUUCAAAGGUCCAGUAUACGCCAGUGAACAGCCCGGCACUGACAAUGACCUUCUCAUUUCUCUGUUGCAUGCAGUUGUGUUCAAAUGCCAAAUAGCAAUCAGAGCUGAGUGUUCUGAUCAGGUGCGUUCCUUGGUCACUGUGUGACUUGCUUUACUCUCUCCAUGUGCUAGAUGAAUGAGGAAUGCACACCUGUGUUUUCCAAGGUAUUUUUUAUGUGUUUUUAAACUUUUUAAAAUGAGCCUGAUACCUGUGUUUCAGCAUUUGGAGAUAUGGCCAUGUUGUUGGGUUUUUUCAUGUGUAUUUACUGAUAUAUUUUCGUUUGUAACCAAGCCAUGUUUAAUUUAUGUGCAAUCUUUGUAUGUAUGCGUCAUGGUUCCAACUCUCACAUUUUCUUUGAUUACAUUUACCAUUUGAUCUUGCUCUGAUUAUAAUGCCAGUGAAUGUCACUGAAUUCUUGGGACAUGCGAACUGCAAGAUCGAGAACAUCCUGAUGCAAGAAUAAACCUCUGACCGCCAAGCUA